GGCCUGUCUCGCGCUGACUGCUUCGGCCAAUAAGGCUCUCCGCAGUCUAGAGAGGCGCUUCGCUGGAGUGGUGGCGCAGCGCUUUCAUCGGAUAAACAUCUACUGUGAAGAAGAAAGAACAUCAGGUGCUAAGGUUUAGUUUAAACCUGUAGUGGCUGCUUGGAAGAUGAAGAUGCAGACUCCAGAUUGGUGGCUUAUAUGUUCUUCAUGCAAGGACAGCGUACUAAAAGAGAGAAGUAACUGCGCUGACCAGUGACUGAAAGCUGCACACAUUGGAACAGAUUUGCAGAAGACAAGGGAUUUCUAAGUGGUAACUGUUACUCCUCAGAGUCAGAAAGUCAAGACGGAAUUGUGCUAAGUCUUUUCCUCCACCACACUUGAGUAGGAGGAGGCAUCCUUUAUUAAAUGGAAGAUAAAAGCUACUCAUCUAAAGUGUUCUGAACCUGAGAAAAGAGCUGUCUUCAGCACCUCACCAUGGGUCUGCUUUUUGUUGCUUAGACAAACUGGGAGUUUCUAUAUCCCUUGCAUUUCAUAUUGGAAGAAGAUAUUUUUAUACAUGAAAAAAAUGCCUUUAUUUAGUAAAUCACACAAAAAUCCAGCAGAAAUUGUCAAAAUUCUGAAAGACAACCUGGCCAUUUUGGAAAAACAAGACAAAAAGACAGACAAGGCUUCAGAAGAAGUGUCAAAAUCUCUGCAAGCAAUGAAGGAGAUUCUGUGUGGAACAAACGACAAGGAACCUCCCACGGAAGCAGUGGCCCAGCUGGCACAGGAGCUCUACAGCAGUGGCCUGCUGGUGACACUCAUAGCUGACCUGCAGCUCAUAGACUUUGAGGGAAAAAAAGAUGUGACCCAGAUAUUCAACAACAUCCUGAGAAGACAAAUUGGUACACGGUGUCCUACUGUGGAGUACAUCAGUUCUCAUCCUCACAUCCUGUUUAUGCUUCUCAAAGGCUAUGAAGCCCCACAGAUUGCCUUACGCUGUGGGAUUAUGCUAAGAGAGUGUAUUCGACAUGAGCCACUUGCCAAAAUCAUCCUCUUUUCUAAUCAGUUCAGAGAUUUCUUCAAGUAUGUGGAGCUGUCCACAUUUGAUAUCGCUUCGGAUGCCUUCGCUACUUUUAAGGAUUUGUUAACCAGACAUAAAGUGUUAGUAGCAGACUUCUUAGAACAAAAUUAUGACACUAUUUUUGAAGACUAUGAGAAACUGCUGCAAUCUGAGAACUACGUGACAAAGAGACAAUCUUUAAAGUUGCUAGGUGAACUGAUCCUGGACCGCCACAAUUUCACCAUUAUGACCAAGUACAUCAGCAAGCCAGAGAACCUGAAACUGAUGAUGAACCUGCUUCGAGACAAAAGUCCCAACAUCCAGUUCGAAGCCUUCCAUGUCUUCAAGGUGUUUGUGGCCAGCCCCCACAAAACGCAGCCUAUUGUGGAGAUUCUGUUAAAAAAUCAGCCCAAACUCAUUGAGUUUCUGAGCAGCUUCCAGAAAGAAAGGACAGACGAUGAGCAGUUCGCUGACGAGAAGAACUACCUGAUUAAACAGAUUCGAGACUUGAAGAAAGCAGCCCCAUGAAGACGGUCAUGCCCUGACGGCCAUCUGUCUCCCUUGCCCAGUGUGUACAGUGUUGUCUAAGUCUCCGUUCUUGGGCUUUGGAGGUCCUGUCUUUCUCAAUUGAUUGUUCAAGGUAGAUGAAAUAUAAACAUUUGAGUGGAAAAAAAUCAA